AUGUCAGAAUCAUUCUACACCUCUGGACUCCCUGCCAGCGCAAGCUCCCAACCGCCGCCGCCCCCUCCACCACUCUCGCCCACCUCUGGCAAUGCACCACCUCCCCCUCCAAAACCCAUCUCCCAUCUCACGCAAUCUGCCGACCCAUCUCGCUCCGGCACGCCCACUCUCUCAUCCACACCGACAAACACUUCUGCUCCCCCAUUCCCGCCAAAGACAGACUCUCCGCGCCCACAGCCUCCUUUACCGACCCAAGCGACGGCCACUCCAAUUGCCGCUCCCCACCCGCAGCAGCAAGAACAAUACCAGCCCAUUCCUCCUCCCGCACUCACAGACCGCUGGCUCCCAGCGAAUGUUCAGUCAAAACCCCUAACUGAGCUUCACCCCCUCCUGAACAACCCUGCCCUCACCGCCUCGUUGGCAAGCCAGCAUCCCAGCUAUGCGUCCUCGCUGCAACCUCUGAACGCGGCGAUCGAGGCAAACAUUGCCCUGGCCCAACAAGUCUCACACUUGGAGGGUCAACUCCGCCAACUCCGCGACGAGACAGCCCAGCUGCUGUUGAACCACGCGAGCUUGCAGACACAAUGGCGGAGGAAACAGAGUGAAAUGGACGACGCUGUGGCACCUUGGGGCCCGAGGCAGAUGUACCAGAGGCUGGUGUCGAGUAUCAGUGAGCAAGAGGCACUGUUGAAGGCUAUGCAGGAGAGCUUUCUGGAAGGCGGGAACGACGAGGAUGCAUACUAUGGUGCCGCCAGCGGAGGAAAAGCCAGUGAGAAGGAGGUGACGGAGUGGGUGAGGAGGAUUCGAGAAGGUACCACGACCUUGGAAAAGAGGCGGGAAAUGCGAGCACGAUGGGACGAGGGCAGAGUCGGUGGCUGGAGGUGA